AUUUUUUUUUUCCAAUUCAUUCAAGUAAAUAUUCAAAUUACUAAAGUAUGAGCUAUACACGAGUUUGAGUUGUGGAAUCAGUCACCGAUGACCUUUUUCUGGACCCCGCAUGAAUGCAGAAUGCUUUGUGCAUGGACUACCCUUACCCUUUGAUUAUUCAAAUUACUAAAAUGUAUAUAUAUAACCUAUAGUUCGCGAGUUCGAGCUGCGGAAUCAGUCACUAAUGGUUAAUGGUUCUUCGUGGACCCUGCAUGAAUAUGAAAUGCUUUGCGCACGGAUGUACCGUAUAAUAAAAUGCUUGUGGGCCCUUGUGUUCAUCUUUUUUUUUUUUUUUUUUUUUUUGAGGUGAUUGACAAGAAUCCAAAAAGAAUUUCAACCUUUUGCUACUAAAAAAUGGGCCACAAACAUUUGCUGGCAAGCAUAAUUAUGACAACAUUGCUCCAGCUUGAAGAUAUGUUUGAGGGGUGGUGGCCCACACCUUUCUGUUUCAAUUUAUGUGACGUUGUUUGACUAGACAGUGAACACGGUAUUCGAGUUUAAAGAAGAAAGAAUGGACUUUUAUGUGGCUAUAGAAAAAUGUGUGUGUGUGUAUUUUGUUACAUUUUUCGAAGUCGAAGGAUAUUCCUUUUUCGACAAUGAUGUUCUAAGAUAUUUUGAAUUAUUAAUUAUUGCGAGUUAUUGUAAGUUUUGUAUAGUUUCUAACUAUGUAGAUUUUGAUUCAUUGAACUUUGAUGAAUCUGGUAAUGUCUGUGUGUAUAUAUAUAUUCAAAUGUCAUCCUUUUUGCUAUGGCCAAGAGUCUAUUGGAAACAGUCUCUCUACCUCGUAAGGUAAAAGUUUUAGUUUAGAGGGAAAAAAGAGUGUAUAGAAUGGGUUCAAAUUUCGGCGAUGAGAUAGAUUGUAGCAGUUUCUUUGAUCAUAUGGAAGAUUUGAUUGAGUUUUCCCCAGAGAAUGAGUGUGGUGGCCUUGACGCUGUCGAUUGUAAGGAUUUUCCGAGUUGGAACGAUGAGUGUGCUGGCCUUGAUGCUGUUGGUUGUAAGGAUUUUCAGAACAUUUGGAAUGAUCCGUUGCCUGAUACCGAGCCACUUUUCUCCGGUAGCUACAGCAAUUCAGCUUCAGACUUCUCCGCGGAGCUCUCAGUUCCGUACGAGGACAUCGCUCAUCUCGAGUGGCUUUCAACGUUCGUGGAGGAUUCGUUCUCUUGUGAAGGUUUGACACUGGGAAAGGAGCAUUGUCGCGUCGACAAGGAGCCAUCUGACAGCAAAUUCCUGACCUCAAGUCCUGUUUCUGUGCUUGAGAGCAGCAGCAGCAGCAGCAGUUCAUCCUCAUCGUGCUCGGGACCAGGGAAAACAAUUCCGCCUCUUAGUCCGUGCCACCACGGUCCACAACGUGCUCGUAGCAAACGUCCUCGUCCGACUACUUUCAAUCCCAGGCCAGUAAAUCAACUCAUGUUUCCAACAUCACUACUUCCCCAGCAAUUUGUUGUUCCCCCUGGAGUUCACUCAUUGGAAUCUGAGAGUUUCGCUGAGGAGUCGUCCCCUAUGAAGAAGAAGAAGAAGCGAAUCAAGUUCUCAAUUCCUCGACCACCAAUCGAGACACUUCACGAUGAUCACAACCCCGAGCCACAAGAAGUUAGGAAAUGCUUGCAUUGCGAGAUAACAAGGACGCCUCAAUGGAGAGCUGGUCCAAUGGGACCCAAAUCCCUUUGCAAUGCGUGUGGUGUUCGCUACAAGAAAGGCCGACUUUAUCCUGAGUACCGGCCUGCUGCAAGUCCCACAUUCGUUCCAUCCUUGCACUCCAACUCUCACAAGAAGGUCAUGGAAAUGAGAACCAGCGUCUUCCCUGACGAUACACAGUACUACUACAAGCCACCCAAGCCUAGCCGCGCCCGGCCACUAACCAUCGGCCAAGCUGAGAACACCACCACCACCACCACCACAGCUAGUACUCUAACCGCGCAGUUAGAUGUCAAACCGGAGUAACCAAGACAACAGUUUUCCCUAGUCAUUUUCAGGUCUUUUAGUUUCAUUUGUUUACUGUUAUUUCAUUGCUUUGUUCAUUGGUUCUUUGUACAAAUGAGAGGGGAAUAGAUAAGUCAUAGAUGACCAUAUCUUAGUUGGUAGGUAGAGUUGUAGUGUUAUUUAGUACUCAUAGUUUUGGAGUCUUUAGUGAUCUCUUUAUUUAGACUUAUGGUAUUUUGUUUUAUUUUCCCUAUGAUGGAAAGUCUUUUUGCAGUACUAUGAUUGUUUUUAGGAUGUAUUAUUCUUGAAUGAGUAAUGUUUUCAAGUCUCCUAGUCA